CUCAGUGCGCAUGCGUCCCACAUUCUUUCGCUGCAGAUUUUCCAUUCACCCCCAAAUUUUCUUCCUGUGAGUGAGUGUAACUUUAUGGCCAGAUACAUGAGGCCUCCAAAUACGUCUUUGUUUGUCCGAAACAUCUCCGAUGAGUCCAGGCCUGAGGAUUUGCGGCGUGAGUUUGGCCGCUAUGGGCCGAUAGUAGAUGUCUACAUCCCACUUGACUUCUAUACACGUCAACCAAGAGGAUUUGCAUACAUUCAAUUUGAAGAUGUACGCGAUGCAGAAGAUGCCCUUCACAGCCUGGACAGGAAGUGGGUGUGCGGCCGGCAAAUUGAAAUCCAGUUUGCACAGGGCGACAGGAAGACUCCUAACCAGAUGAAAUCAAAGGAGCGGCGUUCUCCAGGUAGAUCCUCUCGAUACGACGACUACGAUCGGGACAGCCGACGCAGACGUUCACGCAGCCGCAGCUACGACCGUUACGAUCGCUACAGAUCAAGGAGCCCGUCUUAUGAUCGACACCGUAGAAGAUCUGAGAGUCCCAGAGAGUCACGAGGGCGGGCAUAUGGGAGAGGAAGAAGCAGGAGCCGUGAAGACGACCGGUACAAGCAGAGGCCUCGCAGAGAGUCCAGAGGCAGAUCUCGCUCACGCUCCAAGUCCGCGUCUCCUCGAGAAAACGUCAACCCAGCGUCGACCUCCCAUUACACAGAGGAAAAAGUGCACCACACCCGCUCCCCGUCCCACUCCAGGUCCCGCUCCGCAUCAAGAUCCCGUUCUCGUUCACGCUCCCGGUCCAGAUCCUGGGCUGGGCGUAAAUCAGGAGGUCGCUAGAUAAACGUAUCUGCUCCCCGUCUCUCUGUUAUUAUGUCAGCUGGACCCCGAGUCGGUCUUUUGUUUGAAUGUAACAUCCACUGAACCAUUUAUAGAGAAGUUUUGUUUUUCUGCAGCUCUGUUUUUAAGAACAAUAAUGGUCCUCUGCUCCGUUUUAUAAAAGUGUUUUGGUGCGUUUCCCCCUGAAGGGAAUAAGAAACAGUCGAUAUCUGUGUUCAGUGGUAGUCGGCCAGGACUUAGCCUUUUUUAUAUGUGGUUACUGAUUUUUUUUUCCUUCUAACCCCUAUGCAUUUUCCAGAAAAAAUAAAACACAUUCAGUAUUUUAAAAGGAAUCCAGUUUGUUGACCUACCAAACCAGCAUUUCUGUGUAUUUUAUCACAAUCAUAAACGUCAUCCUUUUUAUUCAACUAUUGACCUUUAUCCGCAGCAGGAGGGUAUCCCAAAAUCUGGAAUAUAAGUUGCACCCUGUUUGGCAUGUCUCCUUGAAAGAAAACGGGAACUGUCUUCCUGUUUGAUGAUUUCAGCAAAGUCCACAUCACACAUGUUCAUGUACUGUCUGCUCUCUCCAUGUGGAGUUAGCGCUCUAGCUAGCUUACAGUAGUUGAGCUCUCAGUCUUUGAUAGUUGUGAAGUAUAGACCUACAUCCUUGAGUCACUCAGUCUACUUCCUUUUGUCUCUUUAUGUCUGAACUGAAGAUUUCUUUUUAAACCAAAUCAGCUAGCUUAGUUAAUGUGGGCAAAUAUGUAAAUAGCUGCCAAUAUUUUUAGUUUUAGGCAGCACCAACAGAUCCAUAUCAGCCAUAGUCGUCUUUGUUAAUGCUUAUUCCUUAAACUCUGAAGAAAUGUGAACUACAUUUCUAUAUCAGUAUCGUGUAAGAUAAUUCUGUAAAUAUUGACACAUUAAAGAUUGCCAAAUAUUUUCCAUCCCUAAAAUCAGCACAACAGAGGCUUUAUUUUAUGAUCGUUAAACCCAUGUUUAUGGUAAAUGCAGGAUUAUAAUCUAAUGAGGGAGAAAAGCUGUUAAAAAGUGGUGCAACAAGCAUCAAAUAGGGAUACAACUGCUGGAGACAAUUUUAGUCACGUCAGGUUGCGUGUCAUGUGUGAUGACGGCUGCUUUUGAUGCAAUAAUGGUUCAUGUCUUCAUAUUUUAUACACUCAACUUUAAAGAUGAAAUAAAGGCAUUAAAAGUGCCUCUCAUAUACCAGAUUUUACUGUCAGUACUUCUUGAUUUUUCCUCUUUCUGUCAGGUUUCAUUUGAUUUUGACCUGAAUCAUUCUUCAAUAAUUACUUCAUGGAAAUUAACCUGUAACAAAAAUCAGAGGCAGACUUGAAGCUCCUGCAAGGAACUUCUGAUUUGUUGGUUUUGGCGCCCACUGUGGACAAAGCAGUAACUGCUAUCUUUUUGCUUGUCUUGUCCUAUGCAUACGUAUACUAUUUGUUUGUUUGGGGAAUUUUUGCGUUUAUUAGAUGGGAUAGCUAAAGAGAAACAGGAAAUACGCAGAGAGUGACAUGCCAGGAUCAGGAUUUGAACCUGUGUCCAGUGCUCUGAGGAUUGGAGCCUCUAUGGCUCCAGCAGAGUUAAAUUGACACCCAUGCAGUGUUUGAUGACAACUAAUCUCAUGUUGCUGUCUUCAAAGGUCAAAGGUAUCACAUGACGAAAAUAUAAUUUUGGAAAAAUGCAUAAAAAGUAAAAUGUGUGUUUUAUUCCCUUGUUAGAGACUUUGCUCAUGGCAGCAGUUUGAGGCAUUAAAAUGACUGAAUAAAGCUUUCUUGCUUACA